GAGGAGGGAAGCGCGGAAGAAGAAGAAGCAAGCGUGUUUUAAAGACAGCAGACUCAUAACAUUGUUGAAUAUGAUGUGGGGUGUGUAGUGUCCAGGCAUGUGUGAAGCAGCAGAGAAGGACCUGUACGCUGUCCUGGGAGCCAGUCCCUCAGACACCACCCAGCAGCUCAGACACAGAUACCAGCAGCUGAUCUUACAGUAUCAUCCAGAUCGUCUUGGAGGUGUGUGUCCUUCAGAAGCAGAGUCUAGUGUGAGGACUUUUCUUGACGUUGAUGCAGCGUGGAGGAUCCUGAGUGACCAGAGCAGCAGGAGACAGUAUGACCAGCAGAGGAGAGCUCGGGAGCUAAAGCAGGAUUGGCCAGUUGAUUCUACAGUGUUUCUAGAGGACAUGACCUGGGACCAGGAUGAGUGUGUGUAUACAUACUGCUGUCGCUGUGGAGGAGGAUUCAGCGUCUCAGAGGAAGAGGUUGAGCAGGAAACUCACAGAAGGCAAUGGGAUGAUAUGGAGGAGGAAACAAAGCAGGGACAGCACAGAGGAGUGGUUAUAUGCUGUGACACUUGUUCCCUUAGUGUGUAUGUCACAUGGCCAUUACAUACAAAGACUCAGAGUUUAAAAUGUCAGGAAUAAUACUUUUAACACAAACUGUAUCAACAUAUCUUUCAGUGGAGGAUGGUACCAAAUCAUCAACAUGUACUAUGUUGGGACAGAUUCUUGGGAUGUGCAACAUCUCCAUCACAAACUCAUGUUUAGGACACUUGAAGCAAGGCAGCAAAACACACAACAGACUGUGGGUGUAUGUGGAAGCUCCCACUGUGUGUACACAAUAAGAGCAUGAAGGUGAAUGGUGAAGGUCCAUCAGCUCCAUCAGUUGCUCCAAGUCCAUUUUUUUUUCUAGUGGUGCAUUGAAUGAAGCAUGAACUCCACUGACAGCUGUUUAAAUCACACAAAUAUCUCACUGUGUAUAUGUUCUGAAUGUAUUAAUAGUAUCAUUAUUAAUUGAGCAUGACUUCCAGUCUGCCUGUGAGCUUGCCUUAGAGAUGAAAUUGUACUGCCUCAAAUUACCUAAAAGAAAAAGAAAUCAAAUCUAUUCAAGUUUAUACUAUUUGUAUCUAUAAUACAAGAUGAGAUACUACAGAUGGUUUAAUAUUUUUAUGACAAUAUGUCGUGAUUAAA